GGUGAGUGGCUGCCGGGGCCUGAGGGGCAGCAGGGAGCCGGUGCGGGGGAGGGGAGGGAGCGUCCGUUCAUUGCAUGCGGGCGGCACCUGGCGGAGGAGGGAGUCAGGAGACUGGAAGAUGUGGAGUGGGCUGUUGCCUCCUGGUGUGGAUAACAGUGAUGUUGACUUGAGUUCUGAUGAUGGAGACCCAGUGGAUGGUCCUAUAUCUUGCUCCACGGAAGAUAAAGUAGAUGAGGAUGUCAAAGGAGUUCAGGUUUCUGAUUUUCAGAUAAAUAGACCUGAGAGUAUCACUGAAAGUAAAUCCAUUCCUAUAGCAGUGGCAGAUGGAGAAAACGAAUAUCAAGCAUGCCCUUCUGGAGUUUCUUUAAAAAUAUGGAAUAAAUUUCAGGAGCUUCAGAAGAAAAACUGUGAAAUGAAAGUCCAAACAAAUCAGGGAAACAGGGGGAAAAAGAGAAAACGUUACAGAAAAGAAAAACUGAAAAAGAGCAACAAAGAAGUGAUUGAAAGUCCGCAAUCUUCAAAUGAAGGUCAAUGGAAGGAACUCACGCAAUACUUUGGAAUUAAUGAUAGGUUUGAAUCUCUUGUGAGCAAAAGGGCUGCCCAAAAGUCUGGUCUUGAAGUCAGCAUAGACAAGUCUUUGACUGAAGGGGAUAUUGAGAGAGCUGAGGAACUGAGUAAUAGAUUAGCCACUCGUGAGCUCGGCGUGAAAAUUGCUAAAGCUGUUGCUUGUCGCAACUUUGUAAAAGCCAAGCAAGAUACAGAGGCUUCCCAAGAAGCUAGAAAGAAAAAGAAGCUUGCCUGGGGAUUUGAAGCAAAGAAAAGAUGGGAAACAAAAAGCAACAUGGGAUACAUGUAGUUCUGUCUUGAUCUCAUCUGAAAGCAAAGCUGAUUAAAAUAUAAUUAUUGUGGGUUUAAUACAGUAUGUGCUGCCUCUUUUUUAUGCUUGCAUAAUUAAAUCUUGAACAACUAAGCACGGUUAAUAGUAGUUUAAAAAAACUAAGCAAAAGCUGUUUGUUUACUUAUUUCCUGUAAUGCUGUUAGAUUUUUAUACCUUGUUUCAAAUUCCUGUUAAAACUGUAGUGAGAAUAGAUAUUUGAUUAUUUUUAAUGCACACAGAAACUUAACAUUCCACUUGUUCUCCAAAUGGACAAAAUUCUGUAUAACACAUCUCAGGUCUGAAGAAUUGUGGAGCCUGGUCAAGAUUCCCAUAAAUCUGGACUCAAAUAUCCAGUGCAGUAAGGUUCUGUUAGGUGGCCCCGGUUUUUAUAAUGAUAAAAUAUUCAUGUCAGUGAUACAUGGGUGUGGGUAAAGGGACAAGUUCUUUGUUUAAAAAAAAUCCAUAUCUUAUCAAUUAUAUAUCUGAUCUACUAAGUAGUACAGAUCUUAUCAUAGUAUUGUUUUGAGGCUGCUCUUUGAAUCAUUUCGAUACAAGAGAUCAUUUGGUUGAGUUGAAGGUAUACCAUGAAAUGCCUGAAGAAUACCAGAAUAUUGACUUUUGUGACGUUACUCAAUGCUCCUUUUAUUUAGUUGUAUUAAGUAUGAAAAUAAUUUUAAAUUAAGCUAUUCUCUAUACUACUAAAAGAUCUUAUCUUUGUAGUAUUUAUUUAUGUGGCUAGAUGAAUCACAACAGAAAAUUUUAGUCUGAGAAUCCAUGAAGCGCAAUGCUUAGAUUCAUUGGGUGGAUCUAGUAUGCCCCAUGUCCUGGAACCAACAUCUUGAAGACCCUUCCAGUUUAUCCUUCCCCACUUACUUCACAUGUGUUCAAGUUUUAAAACCCCUAUCUUGUCAAUGGGACAAAAUGUAGAAAUAUGAAUUUUGAAAAUAUCUAAAAUCUGUUAUGUUGUGGAGUUGAUCAACUUACACUUGAAUAUCAAAUGCAAACUGUAUUCAGUGCCAGAUGUUUUAUAAAAGAAUUAUGCUUUGAAUGCCUAUGUUGUAAGUAACAAGAAUUGUUAAUAAUGUUUUCCUAAAAUCAUUCACAGUGAAAAGUAAGGACACAUUCAAGACGAGCAAUAACUUUUUUCCCUGAAGUUUUUGCCUAUAUGUUUAGUCACCAAAAUGCCUGAAAUGAAUUGGGAAUGUAAACGUCAGUUGUUGUUAAACAAGAUUAAUAUAUUUCAGGCCAAAGGUUCGCUAUUAACAUAAUAGCGAUUUACUAUUUAAGCACUUCAGGCUAAAACAACUUACCAAAGAAUAGUACUUUGAAGGUUUACGGCACCAAUUCUAAGACCUAAGGAAUAGGGCAUUUGUUGGUAGCCCCUUGGAUGUUGAAUAUAUCUUCUUCUUUUUUUCCCCUAGCAGAACAUUGUACUUUUUAUAAAGAUGAGAGUUUUCAAUAUUGUAAUCCUAGAGUUAGCUGUAAUUAGUUAUGAUUACAGAGUUAAAGAAAACUGCCAAGACUGUAAAUCAGUGGAUAAACAGGAUUCUGAAACAGAACAUCAUAAAAUUCAAAUUGUAUUUUAAAUACCUGUACCCUUUUUUUGGAAGAGCCAUUGGCAUGGGGAAAGGAAGCAAGUGGUAUGUAGUCCUCAUAUUAUUUACUUUAUAUAUGCAUUAAAUUUACAAAUACAUAAUGUAUAGUUUGUGUAUGUAUCUGUAUUUUUCCCAAAUGGACUAACAUUACAUUUAAGACAUUAUGGCUUGGGAAAAUGCCCUAAGGUUCCUUGGCAAACCUAGAAAAAUAUUAUAUAAAGAAUUUUUUUCUGAAUUUCAAAUGUACCAGAAUUCUA